AGCGCGACUGCCUAGUCAGCGCAUGCGCAGUGGAGCAUGAGUUCAUGUACAAUGUACACCGUGCCCGCUUCGAUUAAAAAAACUUUCACGAAAUGAAACGAAUCUCAAGAGAUGCUUGUUUUGGAAAAGGGAGACAAUAUAACCAAAUGACUGCAGUUCGAGUGGAUGCUUGGAUAGAUUUGAUGUUACAUGGUGUUUGCGUUGUCAUGCAGGAAUAAUACAACUGUGCGCUCCGUUCACGCGCGUCAUCCGGAUUUCUGGUGUAAAUUUAUUGUGUUCGUAUAAUAAAGACGUGAAGUACUUGACAGGAAUGAGAGGAGACAGCAGUCAUGCCGAUAAAGCGAGAUGGGCGACGGCGGCUUGGAUUCUCCAACUUUUCUGCAUCUCUUUUUUGCUUUUAUUUGGGAAAGGAGAGGAUUGCCAUGGAGCCUUUGAUUUGUAUUUUGUUUUGGAUCGGUCAGGUAGUGUAUCUGACAACUGGAUGGAAAUUUAUGGAUUUGUGGAACAAUUGACUAAUCGCUUUGUAAGCCCGAAGAUGAGAGUUUCUUUUAUAGUCUUUUCUUCAAAUGCAGAAGUAAUCCUCCCUCUCACUGGAGACAGGGCAACUAUAGAUAAUGGUCUUCAAAGGUUGAGCAAGAUCAGACCUGCUGGUGAGACUUACAUGCACGUGGGGAUUAUAAAGGCAUCGGAACAAAUGACCUCUCAGAAAACAAGAUCAUCCAGCAUCAUUAUUGCACUGACUGAUGGGAAGCUGGAGGUGUAUCCUCAUGAACUCGCUGUAAAAGAGGCUGAUCAGGCCAGACAGUAUGGUGCUCGUGUGUACUGUGUUGGCGUGAAGGAUUUUGAUGCAAAUCAGCUUAUAGAUAUUGCAGACAGCAAAGAUCAAGUGUUUCCUGUCGUGGACGGAUUCCAGGCCCUCAAAACCAUUGUUAAUUCGAUUUUAAAGAAAUCCUGCAUAGAGAUUUUUGACCUUGAGCCCUCCACCAUUUGUGUGAAUGAGUCGUUCAACAUAGUUCUGAGAGGAAGGGGCUUCACACAGGGCCGAACCUCAGAGGGUGUGGUCUGCACAAUAUCUGUCAAUCAACAGGAGCCCUAUAAUGAGAAGCCGAGUAUAGUGAGAGAUAAUCAUGUGCUGUGUCCAGCUCCAGUAUUGACCGAGGUCGGCCACUCCAUCGACGUGCUCAUUAGCCUGAAUAAUGGCCAGUCUUUCAUUUCAAGUCCAAUCACAAUAUAUGCCACAACAUGUUCUAAUGGAAUGGUGGUGCUCAUAGUUAUUCUGGUUCUGCUGGUGCUGGUGGGUCUAACUGUGCUCUGGUGGUUUUGGCCUCUGUGUUGUACUGUGGUGAUCAGGGAUCCGCCUCCAUCUCGCCCUCCGCCUCCACGACCAAUACCUGAACCUGAGGUAGAUCCUCUGCGAAAGAAAAAAUGGCCCACAGUAGAUGCGUCUUAUUAUGGUGGCAGAGGCCCUGGAGGUAUUACACGCAUGGAGGUUCGGUGGGGUGAAAAGGGCUCUACAGAAGAAGGAGCGCGGUUGCCGAAACCCAAAAAUGCUGUGGUGAAAAUGCCAGAAGAGGAGUUUGAAGAGCCUGUAUUACGGCCUCCACCCAUACCACCUCCAAUAUAUCAAACCCCAGCUUCGGACAAGUGGUACACUCCUAUUAAAGGCCGGUUUGAUGCUGUAUUAGCAUUGCUGCGUAGACAAUAUGACAGAGUUGCUGUAAUGAGACCUACAGCUAAUGACAAGGGGCGCUGCAUCAAAUUCACCCGGGUUCAACAUAAUUGAUAAUUAAUCCAGUUUGUACUUUUUAGGCAAUUUCAGAGAAGAUGGAUUAAGAAGUCCACAAAAGUAUUUGUCACAGAUGUGUGCAAGGAUACAGCAUGCAAAGCUGCAGGUUUUGUGUCAACAUGAGAUAUUUUUUAUAAUAAGGUUUUACAGUUUUAAAUUUAUUUGUAAACGUGUCCUGCUGAUUUUAUUCUGCAUGCUGUUUAUUAGGUAUGAGAAAUAAAUCAAUACUGUGCCUUUUUAUGAUUAUAAUAGGAGUAUUAAGUGAGGUACAGUCAAUGUCAGACAAUUUAUUUAAUUAGGAGAGAUGAUCAUUAUUUUUCCAGUAAAUUAGUUAAGAUUUCUAUUUAAUUGUUUUUAUUUAUGAUAAAUUGGUUAAUCUAUGGUUUACCAAUGUAACAGAUUGUUUGUUAAUGGCAUAAAAUGUCAUAAAAGUGCUGAAAUGCAUUAAAAUAUAGAAUCUAAACAGA